AUGCCGCUCUCCAAUCUGCUCUGGGUGUUCCUGGCCUUCACCUUCUCUGGAUCUGGUGUAGCCCAGAAAGUUAUUCAAGAUCAACCAGACAUAUUCACUCAGAUUGCAGAGGCAGUCACCGUGAACUGUCAGUGUGAAACAAGUUGGAGCAGUUACAACAUUUUUUGGUAUAAGCAACCUCCCAGUGGAGAGAUGAUUUUCCUUACAAGGGAUGGCCGCUACUCUCUAAAUUUUCAGAGAUCACUUAAAUCCUCCAGUCUCACCAUUUCAACCUUACAACUGGAAGAUUCUGCAAGGUACUUCUGUGCUCUCUUUGAACUCACAGUGCUCAGGGUAAUAGGAAAAGCUGAACAAAACCUCCAGAGCUUAAUAAGAGAGAGCUCCUCUGCUGCAGGACCACAGCUGAGAUACAUACCUGUAUAUCCUAGACAAGAAAUGGUAGUCCUGCGGUUGCUUCAUCUGUGGCUCACAGUAUUGGGCGAACUUAAGAAGUUUGCCAUCAUGCUACAAGCAUACUUGGUCAAAGACAAAGAGAACAUGAAGCACAUCACUGCCUACUUUGAAUCUCCCAUACGUUUUCUGGAAUGUGGAUGGAAAUUUUCAUUAUCUUACUACACAGAACUCAGUACAUUUUUCUGUGAUUAA